AUUAUCAUCGCUUGUAUCAUUUGUGUUCGAGUGUUACCAAAAAAAAAAAAAAAACAAACGCCGAGAAAUACCGCUAACCCAGCUCCCUCGGGUUAAAAGGAUCCGAACGCCUUGGAUUCAUUUCUAAAAUUUGCCCGUAACCGGUAAAGCAGAACAGCCCGUGUGUGUUGUCUAGCAUUACUCGAAAAGAAAAAAGUCUGCGAACUCGUAAGCAUAUUGAACGUUUGGUGCCGAAUUAUAAGUCAGCUGAUCAGGAGGGCCAAACAGCAGCGCGAAGAUUACUUCUCUCACUCAAAACCCCCAAAUUCCCACCUUCUAACCCUAACGAUUUGUAAUCUGUAACGCAAGUUCUGGCGUUUCAAUAAUCCAGCGCAAUUAUCAGUUUAGCUCAACAAAAUGUUGAUGGGCCAUGUGGAUGGUCUAGCCAAUGUUGGUUCAUCAAAGGAUCAGCUACUUGAUGAUCCAAUAUCUGAGCAAGAUGAAGAUGAGGAGGCAGAUACUUCUGGUCGAAUACUAUAUAUGGCCUCCUUUGAAGAACUUGCAGAAAAGCACAUUCAGUAUGACACUGUUAUAUGGGUUUCUAUAUCACUGUUGCUUGUUUUAGCUUGGGGAAUAGGAGUCAUUAUGUUGCUAUAUCUUCCUUUUAGAAGAUAUGUGCUUCAGAAAGAUAUCUGUUCACGGAAGCUGUAUGUUACACCCAAUGAAGUCGUUUACAAGGUGUCAAGACCUUCAUUUAUACCUUUUUGGGGAGUUACAACGGUUGAGAAGCAUAUACCUCUAUCUUUAGUGCUUGAUAUUAUUAUUGAACAAGGUUGCUUGCAAUCGGUAUAUGGAAUCCAUACCUUUAGGCUUGAAAGUAUAGCACGUGGAAAAGCUGCACCUGUUGAUGAGCUGCUGGUUCAAGGGCUUUCCAACCCCGGCUUUCUGAAGAAGGUCAUUAUAACAGAAGCUUCAAAGAUAAUAAUAGAUAUUGGGAGGUGGAAACCUACUAGUGAAGGGGGAACGAUGGCUCAUACGGUUUCUCUAAGUGAAGGACCAGCUGUAUUGAGAUCACCUUCCAAAAGUUUCAAGAUGACAGGUUCACCCCGCCAUCCUUCGAUGGAGUGCAGGGGCCUGGUGCCUGGGGAUUUGCUGUUGCAUAAACUGGAAGAAGUUAACAAAUCAGUGCAGAAAAUCGAAUCACUUAUCGUCGAGAAAUCCCAAACUCCCCCUGAUAACAGUUGAGUCUGAUUGCGUACUGCUCGAAGUCCCACCCUUCAGCGAUUGGCAAGGAAAGGAAGAAGAGUUUUGUCUAGUAAAUCUGUAACUAUUAGAGCAGAAUAAGCAAAUCAUCUUUUGGGUUGCCACUGUAUAGUCUAGAUCAAGAAAACUAUGUGGUUGCGUCUUUUUGAUUCUAAGCUUGUUUUGAUAUUUUGAUUCCACGCGGAGGGAUGCUUCGUUUACCGCGCAGCUCCUUUGAUUUUUUAUUUUUAUUUUUAAUUUUGAUGUUGAAAAGUAGAAAAUGGUAUGAUUCAAUUGUCUAAUGUUUAAAAAACGAAAUGGUAAGGGUUGUUUAGUUGUGAAAA